CCAAAAUUGUCAAAUGGGUCAGGAACCGUCAUAGCUGAGCCCAUCGCCUAAUUCAUUUACUACUAGCUGCCACUGCAUCUAUUUCAUUUCCCCUUUACUAUUUUACCUGUGAAUUCCCACCCCUUCUCUCCUACUCUUCUUCUCUUCUCCUCUCCCCGUUCCCUCCCAUCUAAAAUCUCUCACCGGCGACCGCACUUGUUGUUGUACCCCGCCAUGGCUGCCCCGCAAGAACUUGUCCCCCAGACCGAAUCUAUUGCGGAAGUCUACGCAACCGACGACGCUUCCACCACCUCGGUCGCUCCGGAGAAUCAGUCUCGCUUCAAUGCUCUGGUCUCGAAAUUUACCAAGCUUUACUCACAUCGGCCCGAUUUCGUCGCGCGCAGCCCCGGUCGUGUCAACAUCAUCGGGGAGCACAUUGAUUACAACUUGUACGAUGUCUUGCCCACCGCCGUCAGUGUCGAUGUGAUCAUCGCCGUCAAGGUGGUGCCUGCGAAUGGUUCCGAGUCCGUGGUCAAGAUUUCUAACGUGAACCCGGAGAAAUUCCCCACGCGCGAGUUCCCCGUGCCCCGCGACACGGACAUUGAGAUCGACCCCAAGAAGCAUGACUGGGUCAACUACUUCAAGGCUGGGCUGUCGGGCGCUCUGAAAUUCCUGCGCCAACGGAACUCCGACGGCUCAUUCACACCCGCCAGCAUGGAGGUCCUGCUGGACGGAAACGUUCCCCCCGGUGGUGGUAUCUCCAGCAGCGCCGCCUUUGUGUGCGCCAGUGCUUUAGCGGUCAUGAAGGCCAACAACCACGAUGUAUCCAAGCAAGACCUGCUCGAUCUGGCGGUCGUGUCUGAGCGGGCGGUUGGUGUCUACUCCGGCGGUAUGGACCAGGCGGCCUCCAUCUUCUCCCGUCGCGGCUACUUGCUUUACACUCAGUUCUACCCCAACUUCUCAGUUCAGCACGUCCCUAUUCCCAAGGCGGACGAAGAGAUCACUUUCCUGAUGGCGCAGAGUUUCGUCACCUCCAAUAAGGCGGAGACCGCUCCCCGUCACUACAACCUCCGUGUCGCGGAGUGCACGCUUGCGUCUGUGGUGCUGGCUGCCCGCAACGGGCUGAGCCUGCCCAAGGAUAACAGCUCGCUCGGGUACAGUCUCCGCAACUUCCACAAUGAGCUGAUGCGCAAGGAAGGUCGCCUCGGUGAUCCCCUGGAGUACCAGAUCGAUUCUGUGAUCCUGAGCACUCGGGAGAUCCUGACCCAAGAGGCCGGCUACACGCGCGAGGAGAUCGCCGACCUUCUAGGGAUCACGGUGGAUGAGUUGGAGUCCAAGUAUCUGUCGUCGUUCCCCGUCCAGGCGGAGCGCUUCUCCCUGCGGCAGCGUGCCCUGCACUGCUUCACCGAGGCUCGUCGGGUGCUGGACUUCAAGGCUUGUCUCGCCAAGGCUCACACUCUGGAUGAGAGGCGGAUCCAGUAUCUAGGCCAGCUGCUGAACGAAUCGCAGGCCUCCUGCCGGGACCAAUAUGAGUGCAGCGCUCCCGAGGUGGAUGAAAUCUGCGCCAUCGCCCGUCGGGCGGGCACGCUGGGCAGCCGUCUCACAGGCGCGGGUUGGGGUGGUUGCACGGUUCACAUGCUGCCGCAGUCCAAGGUUGAAGCUGUCACCAAGGCGUUGAAGGAGGAGUACUACCUGAAGCACUUCCCCGACAUCAGCGAGGAGAAGCUGGCCCAGGCGAUGGUCAUCAGUAAGCCGUCGAACGGCUCGUUUCUGGUGACGGGUGCGGCGAUCGCGGAGGUUGAGGUCUAGGUUUUUUAUGCAGCGUGGUACUAUCUAGCGAGAUGUAAUAUAGCUUAGUGCUGAGAUUAAUGGAGAUGACUUGACU